UUAUUACUUAUACUUCUUAUUAUACCCCUUUGUCGUUAAACAUCAAAGUCAACUUAAUCAACUCAUAUCACAAUGUCUACCAAGCCCAUCCGCCGCGUCACCCUCUUCAAGAUCCCAACGGAAGAGGGUCAAGAAAAGCUCCUUGCGAAAUACCACACCAUGCCUCAAGAAGCACUCAAGGACGGCGCACCAUACAUCCUCGACAUCCAAGCCGGCAAGACGUUCCCCGACCAGCGCGCCCAGGGCUUCACCCUGGCCGUUUCAACGGUCUUCAGGAACAAGGAGGAUAUGCUGUUCUACGACAAUGAGUGCACAGGGCACGCGGAUCUCAAGAAGGUGGCUAUGGCCGUACACGAGGGCAUCAUAAUGGUGUAUUUCGAGAGCAUCUUUGAUUAGAGGGAGGGUGCAAAGUGAAGGCCGGAUGGACGGAGCAGUUGCGGAAUGGACCCUCAGCCAGGAACGGGGUUAGUGUAGAUAUGUCCGCAGAGCAUAGAUUACAAGUGAUGAUUUCUCCAUAUUCUGUGUCCGUGUAUUUUUAUUUCAAGAUUUAUCAUGAUUGCUAAAUGAAUAUGCGUGAUAAA